UCCGGGUAUUCUGUCGAGAUGGUCAUGGCGGAGGGUACUGCAGUUCUUAGGAGGAAUCGGCCUGGAACCAAGGCAAAGGAUUUCUACAACUGGCCGGAUGAAUCAUUCGAGGAGAUGGACAGCACCCUGGCUGUCCAACAGUACAUUCAGCAGAACAUUAGAUCAGAUUGCUCCAAUAUCGACAAAAUCCUGGAGCCUCCAGAAGGUCAGGACGAGGGUGUGUGGAAGUACGAGCACCUCAGGCAGUUCUGCUUGGAGCUCAACGGACUAGCUGUUAAACUGCAGAGCGAGUGCCAUCCAGACACCUGCACCCAGAUGACGGCCACAGAGCAGUGGAUCUUUUUAUGUGCUGCCCACAAGACACCCAAAGAGUGCCCUGCCAUUGACUACACUAGGCACACGCUGGACGGAGCUGCCUGUCUUCUCAAUAGCAACAAAUACUUCCCAAGCAGGGUGAGCAUCAAGGAGUCGUCAGUGGCCAAACUUGGCUCCGUCUGUCGUCGUAUCUAUAGGAUAUUCUCUCACGCCUACUUCCAUCAUCGCCAGAUAUUUGACAAGUAUGAGAACGAGACGUUCCUGUGUCACCGGUUCACGCGCUUCGUCAUGAAGUACAACCUGAUGUCCAAGGACAACCUGAUCGUGCCCAUUCUGGAGGAGGAGGUGCAGAACACCUCGUCAGCUGGCGAAAGCGAGGCCUGAGAUACAGCUGCUGCUGGCGCUGCCGCCAUACGGGAGACGACACACAUGUAAAAACACACACAGAGACACACAAACAUCUACACACAUACAGUCUACACACACUACAGUGUAUUACGCCUCCAUGUCCCUCCACCUUCGUCACCCGUGUCUAUCUCAGAGGAGGUCAAGAGGAGCAGAGUCAGCCAUGCCUGCAGGGUUUUAUUUCCUCUCUGUUCGUCCAAUCAGAUCCUCCAGAGUCGUUUCCUGCUACACUACUCCUCCAAUCCAACCUUUUUUGUUCCUUUUUAAUCUUCUUUAAGCAGCUGGAUUUGCAAAAACUUGUAAUCAUGGUGAGCUGUAUGUUGACAAAGGCACACACUGACAGCCUCCCCCCUCCUCCUCUCUGUAUAUAACCCUCACCCCUUCUCACCCCUCUAUUUUAAUUCACUAUCAUGUUUUUCUGAUGGUGCUUCACUUUCUGUGUCUGCUUCUGUUUUUCUCUGCUUGUUUUGCCUGUUUUUUGGGGGGGUUGUCUCAUGAAACGGAUGACUAGAUUAGCCUGCUGACAUAGGGCUGGGCCAUAUGGACCAAAAACCAUAUCUCUGUAAUUCAAGUGAAAUGGCGAUAUGCAAUAUUGAUCUGGACAAUAGAUAACAAUGAUAGUCACAAUACCAGAAUGGUAAACUCUGAUAUGAUUCUAGUAAAAAAUUAAUGCAGAUUGAUAUUUGUUUGAUACCAUGGAAAGAAAUAAAGAAAUAACGGGCAUUUUUAGGUAUGAAAACUAGCAGACUCUGACACCUGGUCUAAACUGCACAAAACCAUUUGCAACAUUUCUAUAUAUUAGGGUUGUCCAAAUUUCUGUACUUUUAAAAACCUUGUGUUGAAAAUGAUUAAAUCAUUAUUUAAAUGAUCAAUGGUACCAAAAAGUACAGAAACUUCAUGAUCUUCAGUUAUGUUUUUUGACCAAAAGAGAGAGAAAACUAUCUGAAUUGCAGAAAUAUGUUGACAACAUUUGGAGAAGUGGGUGGAACUGGAUCAAAUGUUGGGCAUUUUUUUGUUUUUGAUCAUCAAAAAUGGCAUAUAAAGUCCUGCAUAAUAUCUAAAUUGCACAGAUAAAUUGGCAACAUUUAGAAGAAGGAGGCAUGCCAGUUUCAUCUUCUUUAUAAAAUGUUUUCAACAUUUUUGUUCAGUUUAGAUCGUGCUUUUUCUCUUUUGGCCUAAAUGAUUUACUUUUGAUACCGCUGGUCAUUAGAAUUAUAGAAAUUUGAUGAUUUUGAAGAGCAGAAAGUCUUUCCAAAGUUUUUGUAGUUAAGAGAGUGUGUAGACAUUUGCAAUUUUUGUUUAUUUAGAGGAAAUACUCACCAGCAUUGGGUGUCUUUGACUGCUAUUUGUUUAGCUGUGUUAUCAAACAGGGAUCAAUACUAUUCGAUUUUUUUUAAGUAGUAAAAGUCAGAUGACAUUGGUACAUGUUUGAUUACAUAGCAACAUAAAAUAAAAGUCCUAGAUGCCCAAUAUUUUUGUUCCUUUUUUUUUUUUUUUUGCUCAUUCUCUCAUUUUGGUACAAACAUUUACUUUUGAUACCACCGAUCAUUAAAUAAAAGAAAUUUUGCCCUUUUAAACAUACAGUAAUUUGUAAAAACUCAAUACAGUAAUGUUUUGUGCAAUUUAAAUGGUGUGAGGACAUUAAACUGCAAUUUUUGAUGACUUGAAAGGAAAUAUUGACCAGUAUUGGGUUUCUAGGAUUUCUAUUUUUGUUGCUUCAUUGGUAUUAAAAAAAGAUGUGAAUUUUAUUGAAUUUUUACUAGUAAUAUAAAUGCUCAGUAAAUGGUUAAGUAAAAGUAAAUAUCAUUUUGACUUAACAUUUCAGAUAGAUUAUCUUGGUGUCAGUAAGUGUAUAACUACCAGUUGUUCUUACUGUGAAUCUUGUAACUGAGCAUUAGAAGUGGCAUUUUAAAAAUUAACAAACUAUAUCGAUAGAGACGUUAUUGUCUCACUUUAUAUCUCAGUUAAAAAUAUAUCUAUAAAUCUUAAAACCUGGAUGUAUUGCCCAGCCCUAUCUGCCCUAUUAAUGCUAUUAAACACAAUGUUAGGUGUGCGGCUCGUGUGGUAGUGAACAAAGAUAACCUCUAGCUUCGUCCGUGUACUAGCAGUCGGAUCUUCUUUAUCCGAGUAUUUAGGAAGGCUUGUUGGCUAACUCUGAUCCUGCUUUGUGACAUGCUCUUUUUUUUAAUACUGUAUCAAACGUGGCUGAUAUUCCACAUAUUCAUCCAUAGAUAAUGAUGUGUUCACAUGCAGAGACUGAGCUGCUGUAGGCCAGUUUUCAUUAGAAGACUAAACACAGAGAGGAUGCUGGAAUAUCAGCCACAUGUACCCGAGCACAGCCUCCCCUCUUUUACCCUCCCCCAUCAUUAAGUUAUUUUGUGGGAGGAGUCUUGUCAAUCCAACCCACUUUUUUUUUUUAAUGGACUAAAAAAUUUUGUUACUGUUGACAUUUUCAUGAUGUCUGUUAAUAAAAAAGACCUAUUAUUCAAA